AUGGCACCUGUGCGGGAGGGGCGCCCCGCCGGGGAGGAGAGCGGCGGCAGCGGCGACCCCGCGGAGGGGUUCCGGGAGCGCGGAGCCUGCAAUGGAGCGGGCGCGGCGCGCUGCCCGCCCGGCUCCGGCCGCGCUGCCCCCGGCGGGGCGCGGAGCGGCCGCGGCCCGCAGGGUUGCACUCAGAAGUAUAUUGUGAAGAACUACUUCUACUACUACCUGUUCAAGUUUUCAGCUGCUUUGGGUGAAGAGAUUUUUUAUAUCACUUUCCUUCCAUUUACCUACUGGAAUAUAGAUCACUCUGUGUCUAGAAGAAUGAUAAUUGUUUGGUCUAUAGUGAUGUACAUAGGCCAGGUCUCCAAGGACAUCCUGAAGUGGCCUCGGCCCCUGUCACCACCUGUCGUGAAGCUGGAGAUGAGGACGAAUGCAGAGUAUGGGAUGCCAUCCACCCACGCCAUGGCAGCCACAGCCAUCUCCUUCUCCUUUUUCAUUGCAACCAUGAACCAGUACAAGUAUCCACUGGAGCUCGGCCUCGCAGCAGCGUUCGUGUUCUCGACGUUGGUGUGUCUGAGCAGGCUCUACACAGGGAUGCACACGGUCCUGGAUGUGAUCGGAGGAGCACUGAUUUCGGCUGUGCUGCUCGUGCUCUUGUAUCCUGCGUGGGACACAAUAGAUCACUUGCUGUUGACCAGCCCCUUCUGCCCACUGUUUUCCAUAGUUGUGCCUCUUGUCUUAUGUUACAACUACCCCAAACUAGACUAUUACAGCCCUACCAGGGGAGACACCACUACGAUCUUAGGAGCAGCAGCUGGAGCAACUGUGGGAUUUUGGUUAAACAACCAGUACGCUGCUUCAGCCUACACUGGCAAAAGCGUUCAGGCCGGGCUUCCUCUGACCACCAGCGCAGCGGUGUUUGUGCUGGCCAGGUUCCUGGUGGGGAUCCUGGUUGUGCUGCUGACACGCUGGGUCAUGAAGAGCGCGGUGCUCGGCGUGCUGGGCUAUCGGUACAAGUUCCCCGUGGGUGACCUGCAGGCCCGGAGGCGCCUGGAGGUUGAGGUGCCCUACAAGUUUGUGACGUACUCCUCCGUUGGCUUCACGGCCACCGUCAUCGUGCCGCUGCUGCACCGGCUGCUGGGACUGAUGUGAGCACAGCUCCUCCUCACCGAGCCUGCGGCACACGGGC